ACAUCGCUCGAGGACAGUGAUGCGACAGUGCAAGGAGCAUUCGAUGCAUUGGGCCAGAAUCAGUGGCUUCACUUGGCCUGCCAUGGAAUACCAAAUCCAAAGGACCCAUUUGAAUCUUCCUUCGCAAUGCGCGACGGGCCUUUAAAGAUCAGGGAGAUCAUCCGAUCUCACUGGCAGAACCCGGAGUUUGCAUUCUUAUCGGCUUGCCAUACUACCGUGGGUGAUAAGUCGAGCCCAGAUGAAGCAAUUAAUCUCGCUGCGGCGAUGCAAUUCUCUGGAUUUCGCAGCGGAUUCGGUUCCAUGUGGACUGUCGACGACGAUGUUGCACGCCAGGUUGUUUCUGUGUUUUAUGAACAUCUGAUUGAUGGUUCGGGGAGAUUGGACUGCACGCGCGCUGCGGUAGCAUUGCACAAAGCUAUGAAAUCGUUGCGGAAGAAGAUUCCGCUGGAACAGCAGAUUGUGUUUGUACAUAUAAGUGUUUAG